CAAACCUGCUUAACCGCUUCCAGAUAUUAGUAAAGUCAUAGGGUGGAGAGAUAUUAAAAGAUGGGCAUGGCUUUGCUUUGCGUUGUCAUUUGUGUAAGACACAAUUUGGAAGGAAGACUCUGAAAUUAAAACACGGAUGGCAGACUGGCAGUCACCUACUCUUCACAUAGGUUGGCAGCAUCAGUCAGUAAGCUCCAGUGCCACAUGGAAAGUAAACAUCUUCAACAUAGGUUAUUUGCAGGUAAACUGGGGGAAGAUGAUAUUUACUGUGCCUGUCUCUCCAAGUCAUUAUGCCAAAUCUCCACACCAGUGACUGUUGGUUUAUAUGCCCCAUUUGGAAGCCGAGUUUACAUGCUUCUGGAUCGAAUAACUAAAUGCAUGAGGGAGGUGGCAACGUAUGUAACAGAAAGGGAAGAGGCAAUGCAUGGACAGACUCCUAGAAAACCAGUGGGAUGGGGCUUUAUGCACUUGCUUUGGCACCUUCUCUUCUACUGCCCUGUGAUUACAGAACACCAGUGGGAACGAAAAAGUAUUGAAUUCAUUUUCGUCAACUUCAGCGCUUGGCAGUAUGCCGGCAGUGACAGGCUUUGGGCUGGCUUGGUUACCACUCUCUGUGACCGUGUUCGGAAACAUUUUGGUGCAAUACCACUCACUGUUUUCAAAGUCUUGGGCACUGCUCCAAAAAGGAAUCUUGAACCUGAAAUUGCAGAGUGGAAGUUUAAAAAGUCUUUCUGCAUUAAGCUUGUGAUUGUUUCACUCCUGCUCAUCAUUGGGUUACUCCUUCUUACUGUGCCUGUGAAUUCAGCAGCCCAUGGAGGAGAUGACAAGGUCACCACUGUAUUUGGAAGUAUUGCUACAUUAAUAUCUGGCUCAGGUAUUAUUAUGACACUCUAUAAGUUGAUAAAGGGUGUCCUAAUAAGUCAGAAGCAUAAAAUAGAGCGUCUAGUCAACAGUCAAAAGUUUAGUUCCCAGAUGGGCUUUAUGAAUGAGGUCAAAAAAGAAGUUGAGUUGAUCACCCAAAUGGUCCAGACCAUGGAGAUCUUCCAGAAACAAAAAAUCCGUGUUGUUCUGCAGAUCACUAGUCUGGAGCUCUGUGCACCAGAUAAGGUUGUAGGUGUACUUGAUGCUAUGAACACACUACUGUCUGACCGAAGAGCACCAUUUAUUUCCAUCUUAGUGGUUGAUCCUAGCAUCAUUGUUACUUGUCUAGAGAAAGCCAGCUCACUCAAGGGAAUGGCAGAUAAUGGUUACAUGUUCCUUAACCGAACAGUUACUUUGCCCUUUUCAGUGCCAGCUUUGGGCAAAAAGACUAAACUUCAGAUUCUAAGAAAAGCUGUUCAGAGGACAGAAGACCUUAUAGAUUGGCCUUGCAGAAAUGAUGCCCUUCGAGUCACCAAAACAGGUGUUGCUGAAACAGUAAAACUGCUUAAAGAAGAGCUAGCAGAGGAAGAAGAACCAGAGGUACAGACAAAUUACUUUCAAACACUUCGCUGCAUUCAAGAGACAUUUUACGCUCUAUACUGUGAAAGUGAGGUUCUGCAUGAAUAUAUUCCUGAUAGCAUUUGCCAAAUGAAAAGGAUUGUUAACACUAUUCCAGUCAUGGUUAACUUGAUGAUGCUAUGCGAAAUUCCAUUGGACAAUCUAUCUCCCAAGGCUCUAGCUGCUUGGGUUGUACUUUGCAAUCAGUGGCCCUGCCGCCUGAGUUGGAUACUGCAGUGUUUAGAGGAUGAGGAGCAGAGAGGCUCCAAAGAAGCGUUCUGCAGCUGCCUAUUAUGGGAUGUUUUUAAAGAGAACAGCAAGGAGCUAUUUUCCUUAAAAACUGGACUAAAUAACCUCUUAGACUUGGAUGAAGACCCUGAAGUUUUUCAAAAAUUCUUGUCACAAGAUUUCCCCUUUACUGCAGAGGAAUCCAGAAGACUAAUGAGGUUCACAGUUAAUCUGGAUUUUUCAAUAAAGAAUAAGAUGGGACUUCUAAGGGGAAUAAACAAUCUUCAGAAUGACUGGAAGGAGCCUGAGGUCAGAAAGGCUGAUGCUGUACAAGAGGGAAAUAGGGACAAAAUACAGGCUAGGAGGGAGUGCAGUGAAAGUAUCAACAAGGUCAGUGAUGUGAAUAAAAAUGCAAAAGAAUUUGCAUUGUAUAGGGAGGAAGGCUGUAAGAAAAUAAAGUGUACAAAAGAUGUUAAUGAGGAGCAAGAACAUUGUAGAACAGAAGUUCAGGUAGAUGUGGAAGAUGCAUUACUUGAGAGAGUAGAGAAAAAAGAGGAUGUUCCAACUACAUUGGAGACACAGUCAAGAGAUGCCGUUUUCUGCAUAGUAGAGGAGGAAGCUGGUUAUGCAUUGCAGGUCCAAAGGAGAUGGGUUGAAUCUAGUAUUGAACAGCUCCAGAACGUUUGAUCAUAGCCCGAGGGACAGCUAGGAUGAGAUUUGGGGAGCAUGCUUAUUUACUCUCCUAGAUACCCUGUUAUUGCUUAAUUUUAAGGUGAGUUAUGGUUAGAUUUGGGGCUGAAUAUGUAUGUAGUGUCCUGAUACUCCAAUGUUUUCUUAUAUUUAUAACCUUAAAAUGAUCUAAACAGGACAUUGACCAAAUGUUUGUGGAGCUUGAAAAAAAUGUCAGCUGCAGAGAUUGAUCAGUGGCAUUAAUAAAGAAGGAACAUUGAACUAUAGCUUACACAAAGCAAGAACAAGCCUUCCACUAUUGAGAAGCAGCAUUUGCUUUUGUAUAAGGCUAAUGAAGAACGUUAACCAGGGUAUUAUAGAUACAUUUCAGUUUAUGGGCUCUAGUUAAAAAUGAUGAUAAAGAUCUGAGCCCUUGAAUGGAACCGCUGCUCUAGCAUUUGGCUGACUGAUGACAGAAUGAGCUUAUCUUUGAUGUUCUCUACUAAAUCAGUGUAAUACUGGCUUAUAAACUGCACCAGUCACAUACAGUGAUGGUUUAACAAAGGGCACCAGCUUGCUUAAAAGAAAUGAGGCCCUUCGUUCACACCUAAAAGUGGAGCAAAGGACGUUAAUAUUUUUAUAUAAAUUAAUUGUUUUUGUAUUUGAAUAAAGUGUUUUCUGUUCAGA